AUGUCUGGCCAUCACGCAGCAGCACAGCAGUCCCAGGAGCCCAAGAGGCAGAGGCGCGCGGUGGCAGAUGUGGAUGGCGGCGGCGGCGGCAGGGCCCGGGGCGCCGCCGCGGGCCUACGCGCCGCGGCCCCCCUGCAGCGCCUGCAGCGCCUGGUGCAGCAGGCGCGGCAUGGCGCCGUGGACAGCAACAUGACGGCCUCGAUGGUGCGACUGGCGAAGGAGGUGGUCAAGGGCGUGGUGAACCACGCGCGGAACAAGCAGCCGGCGCCCGGCGUGGCCGCCAACAUGCUCGAGUCGCUGGGCCGCGCGGCGGCGGCGGCGGCGCCCCUCCGCGUGCCCCGCGGCCAGCUGCUGGUGGAGCGCUCCAAGCUUCUCAACGCCAUGGGGCGUACAGAGGCGGCGCUGGCAGCCACCGAGGAAGCGGUGGAGGUGUUCGGCGCUGAGCUGGCAGCGUGGGCGGCUGGCCCCGAGGCCGGCACGCCCGUCAAUGGGACCGGCAGCGAGGCGCGCCACCAGGCCGCUGCCGCGCUGGGCAGCCUGCUGGACGUGGCGGCGCUGUGGCGCCAGCUGGGGCGCGAGGAGCGCGCCAAUGGCGUGCUGGCAGAGGCGGCGCGCGUGGCGCCGCUCAUCCCCUCCACGCCCAACUACCUGCGCGCCAUGGCACAGCUGUCGCAGCUCACAGAUGAGCAGCUGGAAAGCGCGCUGAGCUGCAUGGCGGCUGUGGAGCGGCAGACAGGGCCAGCAGCGGCGGGCUGCUCCUGGAUGAAGCUGAAGGAAGCUGCGGACAACGAGACGGCGGCGGGCAACGAGAUGGUGGCCGACCUGCAUCGCCUCUAUUAUGCAGCACACAGGGGCCUUCACAGCCGCAAGCGGUAUGCCGAGUCGUGGCGGGCGCUGGCACGGGCUAAGGAGCUGCACUAUUCCAAGCACACCUAUGUGCACCGCGACUUUGAGCAGAUGGUGGACGAUAUGGUGCAGCUGUUCCCCUCGCCACACAAGUUUGUGACGGCGGUAGCGGAGGAGGCGGCGGCCAGCCCACCCCCUGCCCCGCGCAGCGCGAUGCAUGUGCAGAGCCUGAUUGCCAGCAGCAGCGCGCGGCUGCAGCGCCUGGUGGCCCGCCUGUCGCGGUGGCGGCGGCACCCAGACGCAGCGGCGCCCAGCGGCGGCAGCCAGCAAGCCCAGCCAGAGGCGGCGGCUGAGGAUGAGGCGCCGGCUGAGGAUGGCGGAGGCUCCAGUGCCGUUCCGGGUACUGGCGACGGCAGCAGCAGCACAAGUGGCAGCGGCAGCAGCAGCACCGGGCUUGCGACCAGCAGUGCUGGGGCCAGCGGGAGCGGCGAGAUGAUUCCCAUCUUUGUGAUGGGCAUGCCGCGCAGCGGCAGCACCCUGGCAGAGCAAAUCCUGGCCAGCCAUCCUGAUGUCUAUGGUGCUGGGGAGCACAGCAGCCUGCGCACGGUGACGGGCACGCUGCAGGAGCUGAUAGGCGAGUCAGGGGCCGGCAACGGCACCGUGACCCCCACCCAGCUGACCCAGAUGCGCCGCCGCUACCUUGCCGCCAUGCGCUUCAAGAUACCUGUGGAGCACCGUGGCGCCAAGUGGCUGGUGGACAAGGCGCUGAGCAACGCCUGGCUGGUGGGACACAUCGCUCUGAUGAUGCCGCAGGCCUGCCUGGUGCAUGCGGUGCGGCACCCCGCCGAUGCCUCCCUGUCCGCCUUCCAGCAGAGCUUCUUCCCCGAGAAGGUGUCCUGGUCCUUCAACCUUACAAACAUUGCGGCGCACGUCAAGGCGCACCACCGGCUGAUGGCGCACUGGGACCGAGUGCUGCCGGGCAGGGUGCUGCACCUCCACUAUGCUGACAUGGUUCGGGAUCAGGAGGGCACCACGCGGCGGUUGGUGGAGCACUGCGGGCUGCCCUGGGACCCCGCCUUCCUGCGCUUCUACGAGACCGAGCGCUCCGUGCAGACCGCCAGCCAGCUGCAGGUCAAGAAGCCAAUCUACAGCAGCUCGCUGAACAAGUGGCCGGCCUACAAGGAGGGGCUGGCCCCACUGCUGCUGCGGGACACCAUCCUCACUUACGAGCAGAUAGUGGGGCUACCCUCCUCCCAGGACCUGCUUGAUGAGGUGCAGACGCAGCUGACAGCGCUGCAGCAGCAGCAGAAAGAGCAGGAGGAAGAGACGGCAGCGACGGCCAUCCAGCAGCGGCUGCACCAGCCAGGGAGCAAGGGGGAGCAGCAGCAAGUAACGGAUGGUGGCAUUAAGGAGCAGUCAUCGGUGCAAGAAGAGCAGGAUAGUACUGCCACAGCGGUGGCUGAGGCGGAGACUGAGGUAGUGAAAGCAGAAGACGGCGAGGCAGCGACAGCCGCUGGAGCUGAUGCAGAUGAGGCACCAGAGCCCGAGGAACGGGAGGAGCUGUGA